AUGGAGCCUUUCGGGCUGGAAGGCAUGGAGGGUUCUGCGGCGUCUCGGCAGGCGUUUGCGCAGCCGUCUUUGAGUCAGCGUUUUGCUGCUUACGGCGCUCCUGCUGCUGCUGCUGCUGCAGCAGGCAGCAGCAGCAGCAGCAACGCGGGCGCUGAGUCGCCGCUGCUGCAGCGGGGCGCAUCCACGGGGGCGGCGUCGGACGCCGCUGCUUCUGCUGCUGCUGCUGCUGCUGCAGUGGGGCGGCAGCUGACGCAGCAGCUAACGCAUGCAAUGAAUUCUUCUUUAUCUUUUUCUUCUUUUUCUUUCAAAGAAAGUCCCCGGGGGGAGCAGCACAGCCCUUUGGUAUAUUAUUUGAGUUCGCAUUUGCUGCGGGGGGGGCUGCUGCUGCAGCUGCUGGGCGUGCUGCUGUCGCUUUGCUGCUGCUGCUGCUGCUGCGGCUCCCUUGCUGCUUCCUUCCGCCCCUUCCCGCUGCAGCAGCAGCACUCUCAGGUGUACGUACACCUCAACUGCUGCGCCGCUUUUCUCUUCUUCUUCGGCGCUCUCCAGUUUGCUGCUUUUCAGGCCCUCAUUGCAGACAACAGCAAGUUCACUGUGGGGUUUCGCGCAGCAGCAAAGACGCUGGGCUGUGCUGCUGCGCUGCAGCUGCUGGGCGCAAUUUGCUGCUGCUGCUGCUGCAUGCAUUUGAGCCAUUUUGUGUCAGCAAGAUGGCUGGGGAAGCAUCUGCAGCAGCAAGAAGAGUGGGCUUUGUGUCUCUUGGGGCAGCUGCUGCUGCUGUUUGCUGCUGCUGCACUUGCUGUUGGCUUUGCUGCACUUGAACUCUACCACGACAAAGGCAGCAGCAGCAGCAGCAAAGCUGCUGCUGCCAUCUUCCUCCUCUACAUCCUCACCGCCGUCGCCAGUAAACCCUAA